CACCUCCCUUCAGUGCACAUGCAGCUUCAGUUGCAGCUUUAGUUGCAGGUGGACCAGCAUGUCGGGAUGGAAACUGUGCUUUGUUCUGCUGCUGUACCUCCCGGUUUGCUUUAACUCUGAAGUGAGUGAAUUUAAAACCAUCGGGAGAGGACCUGACGUCACUCCCAUCUGCAGUAAUGCAACAGAGGCCAUAACGCUCAUAGUGUGUAAGAUCAGAACUAACAGGACUGGAGCAGAGUGUCGUCUGCUGUAUCGACACGGAGGAGACUUUGAGAACAAAUGUGACUCCAGGUUCACUCUGAAGAUGGAGAAUCAGACCGUGUUUCUCCACCUGACUGGUCUCACACCAGUGGACAGUGGGAGCUACACCUGUGAGUGUUCACGUGUGGGCGAGACCGUUACCCUCCAUCUGAAUAUCACUGUGGAAGGGGAAGAAGAGAGAGAGAGCGGCGUGACGUCACACACGCGGCUUCUAAACGCGUUGAUCGGUGCAACAACAGUCAUCUGUAUAACUGCAGUUAUCUUUGGGUUGAUCUACAGGGGAAAACGUCACAGAAGACAAACAGAACCACCGCACACUCCUGAAAACACGGAGGCAGAAGCCAUCGCGCUGUACAGCACCGUCAUGCGGAGGGACAACGUGCUUUAUUCAACUGUCGGCCCACACAACUGUCUCCACAACAGCAAUCAGUCAAACACGUCCACCACAGAGGACACUCGUCCAGAGGCUCUUCUGUAGAGCUCCAGCUCUGCUGCUUCCAAUCCGGGUGAAGUGAGACCUGCUGUCCACUAGGUGGCACGCUUUGCUUUGUGAUGAAUGUAGCGUUAUUAAAUUGUAACGCGGUCAUCAUAAGAAACAACGAAUUAUCUAAAAAGAAAUAAACAGCUGAAGCUAAACAUGUUGUUCCCGUCUCUGAAUCGGUCUCAUAUUAUAUUUAGAAUAACUACCAAAUAGUGCAGUUAUCAUGUUAUCGGCCAUUUUCCUCUUUAGAUAUUCCUGAUCCCUUAUUGUAACUAGAGAUGCUCCGAACA